GGGAUCCACAUCCUCCCGGACUUGUAUGUGAGAGAGUCGGAGGAGAUGGAGAUGUUCACCCAUCUUUAGACGAAUCUGACGAUCUUGGGAGUCAAGAUGUGACUGUUACGGUGUGUCAUACACAGGAUCCGUCCAGAAUUUCCAGCACUGGUUUCUAUAGCAACAGAAGUAUCUGAGAAUCUUAAAUAGUCCCAUUCCCACGAUGCAGUCCUCCUCCCAGGCUCCAAAGCCACGGCGUUUUGAUGCCAGCAGGCGGACCGCUAACUCAGCUGGGUCCAAGCUUCGUGGCUCUAGUUUUCAGAGGGAGGAUAAAAACAUGAACACAAUUACAGCUUCGUCCCCCCGGCGGAGUGCUAAAGCCCCCGCUGCUUCCUCCAGGAUCAGGCCAGGUGCACCGCCACGAGCUCCAGUAAUCCAAUCCAGACUAAGUUCUCAGAAACAAGGUCCCGCCAGAUCGGCCAAACCCAAAUUGAAGAGUGGUCGUCCAUCUGCGGCGAACCAGAUUGCGCCAGAGGUCGCUGCUCCUCCUCUGCCGCUCCCUUCCGUCCUCCCUCUGGAUCCAAACUGCAAUGAGCCAAGCCUCCCCUGCCUGUGCUGUGAUGGGCGCUCCCCUCAGGACAACAACAGCAUGUUCAAUCAUAACCAUAACAACAACAACACCAUCUCCAUCAGGCAGCAGCUGCAGCUACCUCCUCCUCCUCCUGUGGCUCAGUUGGCCCACAAGCAUGAGGGGAUGGAGUCCAAAGAGCAUGUCCCUUCGUAUGCGGAGCCCCCUGCCCAAUCUGCUGCCCAUCUGGAGAACGAUGCAAAGAAUGGAGAUGAAAACGCAGAUGUGGACAACAAGAAAAAGGUAGACGAAGAAGAUGAGGAGGAAGAGAGCAGCAGAGAUAUUGCUAUUGAUAAUGAGGAGGAUGACGAUGAGACAGAUAGUGAUGACGAUGAUGAUGACACACUGGUGCCGUCAUGCUGUGACUGCCCCCCAUCCCUCUUGGAAUUCUCGCUCUCCUCCUCUACGUCAUCAUCCUCCACUUCCAUCAGCUCCUGCUCCGACCUGGAGUCCGACUGUGCCGAUCAUUGCACCUCUAUGUGCUCCUCACAGGACCAGGACCACCUGUCUGCCGCUUUGGACCCCAAAAACCACCCUCUCAAACAGUUCCCUGAGUUUAAGCCUCCCUCAUCUCUUCCUCUUAACCAGAAUCCUUUCUCCCUAACCUCCCAUUCCACAGUCGCUUCUUGCUCCCCUGAUGAGGGCUACCCCUCUGCACUUGACUCACCUUCUCCUGACUACUUGGGAGUAAAAGGUGACUCUGACACUAACAAACUAGAUUUGCUUGACUUCCUAGAAUCUAUGGGGGAGUUUGGAAAAAUGGAGCGCUUCAGCCAGGUUAUUCAAGUUGCUCGCUUGGAUCUGGAAGGGGAGCAACACUGGGAUGUACUGAGGGAUCACCUAGAUCACCUCGAUCGCUUGGAAAAAGUAAACAGGGAGGUGAAGCUAGCUUACAUUGCCAGGCUUCAUGAGAAAGGAUUUGAUCUUGGGGAUCUGGAGGAACAGGAUCUCUCAGACGUCAUGGAUGAAAUGGGAAACAUCGACAUUCCCUGGAAAUUGUAUAAGACCCGCGACGGAACAAUGGCAGAAUCUCAGGAGUUUUCAGACGCCGGCGUUGACCUCACAGCUCCAUCAGACUGCGAUGAUCCCCUUGUUCCGGACUCCCUCACCCCUUCCCCUAUCAAGCCUCCACCCAGACCCCCCAAACCUCCUGCCCGUCAUGCUAGCGUGAGCUCUGACCUCCACACUUACAUUAACAUCAGUAGAGAGACCACCUCCAUGGCCGUUACCACCUCCCCCACCUUGUCAACUUUCUCCCCCAACUCUUCAUCUCCCACAUUCUCGACAUUUCGUUGCGAAAAGCCCCUCCCUCCAUCUCCACCGUCCAUCCCCCCUCUCCCUGCCUUCAAACCAGUCCCUUACCUCACCCUGUAUACUACUCCUUCACCACCUCCGUCCAUCCCCAUGCCAACCCCGCCUAUCCCUCCACCUCGCAAGCGACACCUUGCCAGGAAAGAGGCACAGCGUCUUGCUGCUGUUCAAGCAGAACAGGAAAAGACCCCCUUCUCCCUUCCACCACCCACCACACGCCCUCCACCCCUGCCUCCUCCACCUGGCAUUUCUGUGACUUGCUCCUUCUCACCCCCUGCCAUACCACCUCCACCUGCCUUGCCGCCUCCCCCCUCCUUCCACGCUUUGGACGUGGAGAUCCGGAAGCUGCUCAUGCUUGCCGGACUGACCCAAGCCGAGCUUCUCAAACUCAGCCCCGAGCUUGGUGUCUGUGUUGGUGACCUGGACAUUGAGGAGGAAGCAGAUAAUAAUUUUACAUCCAGAUCUCUGGAGACCAGAGAGUUCGGAUUACAAGAUGGGGAGGGAGAGAAGGAAAACGACACAUGCAAAGUGGAUGGAGAUGGAAAAGCAUCUGAAAAAGGCAAUAAGGAGGGGGAAAGUAAAGACACACAACAGACCACCUCUUUUACUGAGAUUGCAAGAAAAAGAAAGAAGAACAGUGCUUUGGUGACUAACCAUUACUACAGCACACAUUUUAUUAAUCCACAUGAAGCUACAGUGAAGAAUUUCUCUUAUCCAAAUGAGUUACCAGAUUCUCCUCCACCUCCUCCACCUCCUCGCCCUCUGCCUCCGAUUCCCCCUUCUUUAGCACCUCUCAAAGUCAGCACUUUGCCUGCUAACUCUGAGCAACCCGAGCGCUUCGAUUGGCUUAUAGCAUUCACACCCGAAUGUGAAACCCCACCACAGCUCCCAGUACAAGAGAAGAGCAAAUCCACUACUGAAAUCCCAAAGAAGCCCAGUUCAUCAGGCUCUGGUCCAAAGGUGACUACGUUUAAAGAGCUGCGUUUCCGAAACAAGAGCACCUCCGCUCUGACGAAGGUGAUCACCGAACCUGAGCCCGACCCCACAAUCAUCACUCCUGACCCGGAUAUACUCUACAACUUGAGGUGGAGAAGGGAGAAGGCUGGCAGCAAUGGCAGCCAGUGGGAGUACACUUCCCAGGCUCAGGCCCUCUUCAUGCAGCCUCCCCCGGCCCUCACCUCCAUGGCCGCCCUGAAGGAGAUGCUGCAGAGAGCCGACAAGGAAGGCGGUCAGCUGGAGCUGUGCCCGUCACAGAAGAUCGGCUGCUCUGUCAGCGACUUCAGCCUGUGGAAUGUGGGCCAAGAUAAGGAAAUUGGGGAACUUAAGCAAGAGAUGAAGGACAGGAAGAUAGAGGAAGGGAAGGAGGAAGUGGAGGUGAGGGGCCAGGCCGAUGGAAGCAGAACUUUUGAAUCAAGAACUUCUGUUUCCUCACCCUCACUGUCCCUUGCCCGGUCCACCCAACCCUACUUCCUGCACUCCGCCCUCCCUCCCUGCCACCCAGACCCCCGUAGCUCACAGCUCCUCGCAGAUCGGUGGCCCUCCGACACACAGGCCAGUGAACAGUGGGAUCCUCGUGCUGCUGCAGGCUCAGCUUGUAUCCACAGAGACGACUCCAGCUGUCUUGUAGGCUCUGGAUUUAAUGAUUCCCUGGCUGAUUUUCGUGCAGACUCUCCUCAUUACUACAGGGACAUUUUCAGUGAAAACACACAUUCUGCUUAUAAGUACGUCAGUGAUUCCAAAACCAAGACAGGAGACUUUGACUCGAAGUGUAAUUUUGACUCACUUUACAGCAGCGAUUUGGAGAUGCGUAGCGACACCCACGCUUCACUUAGUGGCACCUCUGGGGCACAGGGCUGCACCACUCCGUAUAAGAACAUAGAUGUUAUGAUGACUUAUUCAGACAGCAUUAGUGCUGUGGAUUCGCUGUGUUCAGAGAAACGCUCCCAUGCAGACGACAGCAGCAUUAAGGCCAGAAUGUCCAAGGAACUUCCUCCCCUCCCCACAUGCUUCCUGUACCACCCUAAAAACUGCCCCCUGCACAGGGGUGCCCCUCCGCGCCUCUCUCCCAUCGGAGCCCUCUCCCCUCCCCAGCGCUCCGGAGCUCCCCCACUCUCUCGCCUCAACUCCCCGCUCUUCCCCCGCUCACACACCCUUCCUGCCCUUGCUGCUCCCCUCUACUACCCCAACCUCUACCCCCCUAUACCACCCAGGGCACCCCUCCUACCCCCUAAACUCUACCAGGGUCCUUCGCAGCCACAUGCCGCGACCGUCCGCAGUGUCUCAUUUGCCGGCUCCAUACAGAAGACAGACGUUCCCUGGAUGGGCGAGGAUGUGGAGCAUCCAGUGAGGGGUCUUGCCCUGACCUCUCUGUGUCUGCAGGAAAAGAAAGCUCUGGUCAGUGGAGUCAGUGCUGCAGUGGAAGCCAUCUUGGCUCAGUUCAGUUCUUCUCGGACCAUAGUCCAGAAGGCCUUAUCGGGAGACAGCACCAUAAAUCCAUCUCUGGGCCGUCUGGUGCUGCAGUGCCUCUGCCCCGCUCUGCACAGCUUGCUGACCGAUGGCUUGAAACCCCACCAGAGUGAUCUGAUUGCAGGUCGGAGGCCAAACUCAGCCUGGAGUCUGGUGCAGGCCACAACAAGGACAGGUCCCAAAACUCAAGCCUUAUUUAACCUGCAAAUCCGAGUUGGCGAGCUGCCGCAGCUAAGACAGAGCAUGCAGAGGUUCAAUGCAUUCCUCCUUGGUCUGCUAAACACCAAGCUUCUUGAUUUCUGGCUGUCUCAUCUUCAGUCUUGCAGCGAUGUGCUAGAGGCAUAUUACCACCCUACUUCCUUUAUGCGUCUGUCGCUGACCACCUGCCGGCCUCUGUUUGAGGAGCUGCUCCUUGUGCUGCAGCCUCUCAGCCUGCUCACCUUUAACCUCGACCUGCUCUUCCAGCACCAUCAUCUGGAGGCAGAUGCUCACAGGCCUGAGAUGCCCAGAUCUUCCCAUCAGGAGGCUGGGUUUCAGCAGUUACAACAGGGUCAACUGAAGACCGCAGGUGGCAGAUCCACAGAAAACCUCUCAGAAGUGGACUUUGGAAAUCCAGAACAUCCAGCAAAUAUAAAUUCUUCACCAGCUUUAAGCAAUGGAGGAUCAGAGGCUUUAGCAAAUACAGAUUCUGAACCUUUAAAGGCUUCACUUAGUUUUGGGGAAACAAGCCCUCAGCUGCUGUGGGUGCAGGAAAAGGAAAUUGAAACUUUACCUCUUCCUAAUGCUGAGGAAGAUAGCUUUACUCAUCAAGCAGGACAGGUGAUCCAGCAGGGGUGGGGAGCUAUGGUGCGCUGGGGAGGCCGGCUGAGCCAGAACCUGGCCGAUUUUAGCCUGUCUGGUGUAAAAAAGGAGGAGACAAAGACCAAUGGUCCUGAUCUCCAGGACCAGGCAGGAAGUAAUUAUUCCCCUGUCAGUGGCACUCAGGUUCCCUGGAGCCUGGGCCGACUCUUUGGAGCCUCCAAAAGCCCAAACAGCGCUACAGGUCACACACCACCAACCAGGCGUCCCUCUCAGUGGUUGGCUCCUGGUGUCACGGCUCUGACCCGAAUGGUGAGCAGCAGUUCCACCCCGACACUACGAGGAACCUCUGAAUUUCAGGAAGCAGGGGACACAGAUUCAGAGAAAAAAACAGACGCCAUGGAGAUGAAGGAAAAACCCAUACAAUUCAGGUCCAUUCGAACGCUGUGUGACCACACCGGAACUGGUUCAGAGCUCAGCUUCUGCAAAGGUGAAGAGCUGGUGGUGCUGGGAGGCGUCGAUCAGGAUUGGAUCCGAUGUCGUCAGGGAGACAAGGAGGGGCUGGUACCUAUUGGCUACACCUCGCUCAUCAUGUGACGUCGGCGCUAUAACUGUGGCACUAAAAUCAAUAUAAUAUUAAAUAUAUAGAUAUAAAAUAUAUACAUACUAAAGUUAUUUUAAGUGAGUAUGGAGGGUCUAUGGGAAGGUCGCACUACUCUAAAAGGGAUAUUUUACAUGGGUUUGAGUUGAGAGCAUGACGCCAUCUGCUCCGCUUUACUUUCAUCUCGAGUAGUCUCCAGUCCUCUCCUGUUGUGAACAUAUGGGGCUCUUUUUCCCAUUAAAACUCAUCCUGUUUGGUAGCUAAUGGGUUUAAGAAGCGGGAACACAGCAGAUGGCGUGAGGUAAUGACUUAACUGAAAUUUAAACCAUUAUAAUAUUAGAGUGAAGUAUCCCUUUUAACGCAUUUCCUUCAUUUCUGUGCUCCAUGUCAGCCGCUGCUCUGAACCAGAUGUCUGGGGAGACCCUGUCCGGUUAACCUGUUAAAAGUUGACAUUUUGGGUCCGGUCAGCUUCAGAGUUGUUGCUGGCAGGUCAUGAGGUGAAGAAGGGAUGCUAGAGUAUUGCGCCGCAGCUCCUGUUUGCAUACUGCUUAUCGAUGUGGUAAAAUGUAGCUGUGUAAUCUGUGUUCCUAAUCAACCUCUCAUCUCUGGCCCGGUUUGUGUGUGUUUCAGCAAUUCUAGUAGACUGUAUAAAUAUAUAUAAAUUAUUAUAAAUCCAUGUGCAUAGCUAUAUAAACUGAGAAUGAUUUUACCAAGCUAGAUAGAAAAUUAGACGACCAAGAGAAAAACAGUGAAACAGUAAAGACUGUGGCAUUAUUGUGAGUCUGACUGAUAUGAGAUAAAUGGACUGAUUCAUCUUGUAAGUGCAACUCACCUCACACAUUAAGUGGAUGUCCUGCAAAAGUGAAUUCUUUAUUUUAAUUAUGAAAUCCAGUAUCUUCCUUAAUGCGUGCUUUUUGCUUUGCAAAUGUGUUGCCAUACAUUAAGGAGCAAAAGCUUUUAUCCAACCAUUAUAUCUUGAAAUUUAGCUUUUGGUGAGCCAGACUUUCUUGUAAUCUUAUUAGUUUUUCCUCAUCGAUACUUCUCCAAGCUUUGAAGUUUUUUUAAUGUUUUUUUUCUUUGAACUUUGGAUGCUUUUUCACUCAAUAUCUGUCAAGUAUUUUAAGAGAUAUUUACCUCUCUUUUAUUAAAGCACUUCCCUCUGACCUACAGUGCCUUGCAAAAAUGUGUUGUGCUUGUAUUGAGCCCCCCUGAGUCUGUGUUGUGUAGAAGUAAAAGUCUUUCAGGGUACAGCUGUACAAAUUAGAUUUAUGCAAAUUCUUUGCAAAAUAGCUCAAGCUUGAUCAUGUUGGAUGGAUAAGGCAUGUGUUCAUCCAUUUUCAAGUCUUGCCAGAUUCUCAAUUCAAUUUAGGUUUGGUCUUUGACUUGGCCAUUCCGACACAUGAAUAUGAUUUGAUCUAAACCAAUCCAUUGGUGUUUAGGGAUAUUUUCCUGCUGGAAGGUGAACAUCCAUCCCAGUUUCAAGUAUUUUGGAGUCUCACACAGAUUUUCCUCCUGGGUUGCCCUGUGAUUAGCUAUAUUUAUUUUUCCAUGAUCGCUGAAAAGCAUUACCACAGCAUGAUGCUGCCUCCUCCAUGUUUCACCUUUGGGAUGGUGUAUUCCGGUGCACUACCACAAAUAGUGUUUUGCACGUAGGUCAAAAAGUUUAAUUCUGGUCUCAUCCCUCUUCCACAUAUUUGAUGUGUCCUGACACAUUUCAUAAUAAAAUGCUGUAGUCAUCUACAAGGUCUGGACAGAAAAUUAGUAAAGUAAAAUUAGUAAAAGCAGCCAACGUCCAAAUAAAUAUUUCUGAAAGUCUGAAGAACUACUAAUCUGGACCAGAACAUAAAUGAUUACAGGAAAGUCUGGCUCCUUGGAAGGCAAGUGUAAAGAAAACAAGGGAUGACUCGAGGCUUUUGCAGUGCUGUAAUUUCCUUAAUAUUAUUACCUGAAUAUGCAUUUUAGGAUAAGCAUGAAUGCUUUGAAUGAAUGACACAUAUAUAUAUAUAUAUAUCUCCCAGUUGUAAAAUAUGAGACAAAGCAAUCUGUAGCUCAUCUUCUGGGUCAAGAAACAACCUCACAAAAACAUAUUCAGCUCUUGUGUAACACUAUCCAAACUAAAAUAUAAAUACAGCGAAAAAAAAAAAAGAAAAACUCCUCAAAAUGAUGUAAAAUGCUGCAGUGGAGCUUAUAGGUUUGGUGGCUGGUCCUCAGCUUGUACCUAAGCUUUUGUAUUUAUUUUCCCAAACAUAAUCAUUGAUAUUAAUGAUAGUGGUGGUGGUGGAAGUGGUAUGUUUGUACUGAUGCCGCUCAUAUGAAAUGUGUUGCUUUGUGUCAUACACGUUUAUUAAUUUAUCUCUGGAUUCUAGAUGUAUCGACGACUAUGCAUAUGCUUAAAUGUUCAACUGUUUUGUUAGUUUCGUGUACAUCUGAGGCAUUGCCAAAUAUCUUAAACUUUGAAGUCACCAGAUGAAAAGAGUCUGAAAGACGUCUGUUUUUGGUUCUGUAGGAAUGUUUCUUCACCACUGACAAAUCAGGGAGAGCUCAGUUCUUAAAAAUGUCCUUGGGGUUUUUUUCUUGUGUACGUCAGUGCCAUGUAGCAUGACAUUACUGGCGCUACAGCAAAGGUCCUGUAGCAGUAAAUCAAACCAUUACGUGCUCAUGUUGUAAAUAACUAUCAUAAUAAAACACCAUCAAAUGGAUAGUAAUAGCAAAUCAUCGGAUUGAAUAUUAUUGGACAAAUAAAGCUGUUUGUUUGAAUUUUUAUGUGAAAGCUGGUAAUUUAUUGGAUGUACUGUUUAUUGAUCCCAAGGUGUAUAAAAAGGAACAGCUCUCCAUCUAUUCGGGUUCUUAAAGUGCGAGGCUGUGAACAUGGCGGUGGUGUGUGUGUAUGUGUGGAAGUGAAAGUAGAGAUGAUGUGAGGACUUUCAUGUGUCAGCACAUCCUGCACUUUUGCUGUGUGUUUGUGUGUGAAGCAAAGAGCCUCCUGCUCCUCCUCUGUUUCUCUCUCUGGUGUAACGUAGCCUGUAGACACUCUCGAGUCCUGCUGUUACACAUAGUUGCGUGCCCCUCUGGUGUCGGUCAGUUGUCUACCUCCUGCAUGUGCUUGUUCGUAAAUACACCCAAUAAAAAUCAUCUGUUCAAACCAAA